AGAACGCACAGCCGCUUAUAGCGCUGGACGUAGGUUAGGGCGAAUAAGAUUUGGAGAGACAAUGGCGUCGACUCUUAAGGAGUUCCAAGCAUCUAGACAGUUUAAAGUGACCGACGACAUGAAACAAUGUUUUAAAGACGAAGGCUAUCUUUUGGUGAGAGGUCUUCUGGAUGAACAAGAAAUGGGGAAAAUAUUAACCGCGUUUGAAAACGACGCUGGAGUGGCAAAAUACUCGUUUGGUCGGGAUGACGGUCAUGGGCGGAAGUCCAAGUAUUACGCCUGGAACCAACCCGGAAAUGACAUCACAGGAAUGGUUGCUAGGAGCGAGAAAGUGGCGGGAACAUUUGAACAGUUACUUGAUGGCGAGGUGUAUCACUAUCAUACCAAGCUUACAAUGAAAGAUCCGUACACAGGGGGCAGAUUUAACUGGCAUCAAGAUUACGGGUACUGGUAUUACAACGGUUGCCUGUUCCCAGACAUGGGGACUGUCUUCAUUGCCUUGGAUCGCACAGAUAAAGAAAACGGCUGCCUGCAGGUGGUGCCACGGUCGCACAAGAUGGGCCGAAUUGCCCACGUGACCACUGGAGAGGAAGUUGGCGCGGACCUUGAGCGUGUUGAGCAAGUGCUCAAGGUUCUUCCAGUGGUCCACGUGGAGAUGAACCCAGGAGACGCGCUGUUCUUCCAUAGUAACGUGCUUCACCAAAGCGACCAGAAUAACAGCGCUAGGCGGCGCUGGGCGUACCUGAUAGCAUAUAACCGUGCCAGUAAUAACCCCGUCACUCCUCACCACCACCCACAGUACACCCCGCUACACAAGGUGCCCGACUCGGCCAUAUUGGCGGCCAGUCCAGUGGUUGAGGAGGCAGGGAAAGAUUACUUCUUAGGAGACGGCACCGAGUACAAGGCACUGACCACCAAAGUUGCAGGCUAAUUGGUGCCAUUUACAGCACCCAAAAGUGUUAAAAGUUGACAACUUAGCCGAAAUCAAGCGCACGUCGGUUUUGUCCAUAGACAUUUAUUUGCUAGAAAUUCUAUAUUUUUAUAACAAUGAUCUAUAAAUGAAAUGCACAUGUAGUUUGAAAAUGGGCGAUCAAAGUGCACAGUAUCAUCACAUAAUACAAAAUGUGUAUUACGAAUGGAAUGGAAGGUAAAAAGAAAAUCUCCAAUAUUGACACAUACAUGUGGAGCAAGUAAACAUGUAAGAACUGCCGCACGAAGUUCAUAGCAAACUCAUUAAAAUCCCUCUUGAAGCUACUAGUAUGCUUUCGCUUCUUUCACAGUUUUAAAAUAUAUGAAACUCAAAGCGAUCCAUAUAUUUUUUACCUCUCUAAAGUUUUGACGUUUUCUCCCACAGUGACAUA